UCGUGAGUUAACUAAAAAGGAGAACAAAAGGUAGCCCAACCUACUCCGCGCGUGCAUGUGUUAAUGGAAGCAUAUUGCUGAAACUAUUACUGUUAACCCAGUUGCCCGUUUUCCUCAACAACACUUCCGCCAUGUGAAGCACGGGACUCGUGUGGUCAGCUGGAUUGGUCCAUCGGUCAGUCUGCUACAUUCUCUCAGUUUCUCAAACAGCUAGCUAGCUGUCGUAGUACAGAGGCUACUUAGCGUUCCUGUAACGUUACACCGCAUCUGAAGAAGGAGAAGAAACCUCACAAUUCUGACUUGUAGGCCUAAAUUACACGUUAAGGCACCAGUUCCCCCCGAGUUCCCCAUCUGAUGGAGCAGUGGUUGUCAGUCUUUGUGAAGAGGCACCAUGUUUCCCUGUCACGCAACUCCUUGGCCCUCUGCUGAGCCGCCGGCCCCCUGCGAUCAUGCACCCCCAGCACAGCCCUCACAGUCCCUGCCUGAUCUGCUGUGCAGCUGUCCCGCUCCACCUUUGAACACCCACUCUGAGACGCCUUCCCCAGACCCCAUGGAGUCGCUCAUCGUGGUCACAGAGUACGAACCCAGCAGACCACCUGGAGAGGCUGGGGGGGAGGAGGAGGUCGAAGAAAUGGACAGUUCAGACACACCCACGUCAGCUUCCUCUGUGGCGGCAUCUUUCCGGACUCCUUCCUGCGACCUGCUGUCCCACACAGUCGGCCAGUCGGAGGCUCUGCUACCCGAAAGCCAAGAGCAAAGGGGAAGAUUAAACCUGUCAGACCGGAAACUAUCUCUGCAAGAACGCUCCCAAACUGCAACGUCACCCUGCAGCUCACCGGGACUCAACGGGCGCUAUAUUUACCCAUCAUUGCCCUACUCUCCCAUCACAUCACCCCACUCCUCUCCACGCCUGCCCCGCCGGCCCACGGUGGAGUCCCACAGUGUUUCCAUCACAGACCUCCAGGACUGUGUUCAACUCAACCAGUACAAGCUGAAAGACGAGAUUGGAAAGGGCUCCUAUGGUGUUGUCAAGCUGGCUUACAAUGAGGAUGACAACACAUACUAUGCGAUGAAGGUGUUGUCCAAGAGGAGGCUGAUGAGGCAGGCAGGUUUCCCACGGAGACCUCCCCCUCGUGGAGCCAAAGCAGUCCCUGAGGGUCCCCCUCAGCUCAAAGGACCCCUGGAGCGGGUCUAUCAAGAGAUUGCCAUCCUGAAAAAGCUUGACCAUUCUAAUGUGGUGAAACUAGUAGAGGUUUUGGAUGACCCCAGCGAGGACCAUCUGUACAUGGGUACUUUUGAGCUGGUCAAACAAGGGGCUGUGAUGGAGGUGCCGACAGAUAAACCUUUCAGUGAGGACCAAUCACGAUUUUAUUUCCAAGAUCUGCUCCGGGGAAUCGAGUAUUUACAUUACCAGAGGAUCAUCCACAGAGAUGUCAAGCCGUCUAACCUGUUGGUGGGAGAAGAUGGACACAUCAAGAUAGCAGACUUCGGAGUCAGUAACCAGUUUGAGGGGGCUGAUGCCCUCCUGACCAGCACAGUGGGAACCCCUGCUUUCCUUGCCCCUGAAGCGCUCUCUGAGACCAGAAAGAACUUCUCUGGAAAGGCUUUGGAUGUUUGGGCCAUGGGAGUAACACUUUACUGCUUCGUCUUUGGAGUUUGUCCAUUUAUGGACGAGCGCAUCGUUAGUCUUCACCAGAAAAUCAAGACUCAACCUGUGGAGUUACCUGAGCGUGCUGACAUCUCAGAUGAUCUCAAAGAUUUGUUGCUGAAAAUGCUGGACAAGAAUCCAGAGACCAGAAUAUCAAUCCCACAGAUUAAGGUGCACCCAUGGGUGACGAGGCACGGCGCUGAGCCUCUUCCCCCGGAGGACGACAACUGUUGUAUGCUGAUUGAGGUGACUGAGGAGGAGGUGGAGAAUUCUGUUAAACACAUCCCCAGCCUGGCUACAGUGAUCAUGGUGAGAACUAUGCUGAGGAAGCGCUCCUUUGGGAACCCCUUUGAUUGGGGCCGUAAAGAGGACCGCAGCAGUUUGUGUGCUCCAGGGCAAAAGCUCACGAAAGGCAGAGCAGGCAAUGUGAGAUACUGCUACAUUCAUUGUAACCAACGAAGGAAACAGGAGAGCGGUGAUGGCAUGAGAAGUAUGGACCUGCCCUACGUGGGAGAGGAUGAGGCUCUUUCCUGAUGCAGAGGGUUCAUUAUCCACGCUGGUAUCUGCCUGCCUGCAACCACACAGCACAAACCCCCCUUUACUCACCAUUUAAUACUGGCUGCCGACACCUGUGUACAUUCCCCGGUGAGGUGGACAAGUCUGACGGACGCCGAAAACAAAAAAGAAACUAAGGAUCUAAGAACAACACUUUGAAAGCUUUUAUUCCAUUCCCUCUUUAAAGGCUCAUUUUGUGGUUUUGGGACUUGAGACUGCCCCAUGGGAACCUUCCAUUAGAGGAUCUUCCUGAACCUUGAACCUGUCUUCAGCUCUUACUGCCCAACCCACUCUCCUCCUCUUACCCUGCAUGCAUUUAUAGUCCUAGCAUGCUUUGUCUCAGGCUUCAAGUGUACAGUUUUGUGUUUUAUUGUAGUCUAGCCACUUGUGUUUCUCCUUGUCUUUACUUGACAAUUCUUUCAGGUAUACAGGGCAUGGGAACAGGAGUUGGUGAUGGUUUUUUAGGGUUGAGAUGGUUUUAACCAUCACCUUCAACAUUCUCUUUAGCGGAGCAGGUUUCUUGACGAUGAUUGUCUGGUUCACUCUGCUUCAGAGUAGCAGUGCCCAGUUUUUGUAACAUAUUUUAGAGUGAAGGAUCUGUACAGUUUUCCCAAAAUGAAAAAGCAGAGUGAAAAAAAAUGUUUACUUCAUUGAAUGCAUGUGUUUACUUUGCUAAUGUAAACACUCUAUAAGCUAUUUAUGAACAUUUGCACGCUCAUAGGCGCACUUAACACAAUUUUUCUUUAAGUCGUAUCACUGGCUCCCAUUUACUUCCAUCAAUAGAAAGCUUUAAAAACAGUUUCUACAGUGCUUUGUGAACAAUCAAAUUCCUCUUAACAGCAUACAAGAUUGCAUUGACAAAAAAUGGAUUUUCUUCUCCGCAGAUAGUGCUUCUUGGGAAUCUUUGUAUGAUUUUUAGGUGUAUUCUUAAAUUCAUAGAGGUACUCAUCUACCAAAUGCAUAUAGAAAAGCAGAAUGUGUUGGUGUAAAAUUAUUCUGUCUGCAAUGGUUCAAAUAGUUGUUUUUAUUAUUUAAAGUGCAAAUAAGUUAUCUCCAGUUAUUUGGACAAACAAGGUUGUGCGUUGAGAAGCAGAGUUUCAACUGUUAUGUAUUUGUUUCACUUCCCAAAUUGGAUGCUUGUAUGUAGUAGGGGUGUGCAAAAAAAUCAAGUAAUAUAUGAAUCACGAUUCAAGCUCUACUGAUUCAAUAUUGAUUCAUAGAAUUCCAAAACUCGAUUCAUAUUUUUGAUUUUUUUUUUUUGUAUGUCUACUGCAGUCACAUAUAGGUAGGUAGAUAGAUACUUUAUUGAUCCCCAAGGGGAAAUUCAAGUUCCAGUAGCUCACAGACAUCACACACGACAUACACAUACAUUAUAACAGGGAUGUUAUAACAAAUAACAAACAAAUCCACAUGAAUAACAUGGAUACAAAUACAUAUAUACAUACAGUACAUACAUACAUACAUAUAUAAAUGGGAAAAGUAACUACAUUUACAUACUAUGAAUGGUUUUUGAAUCAAAAAUCGAUCUUAAAUCGAAUUGCGAGCCUAGAAUUAAAUCCAAUUGUGACAUUCUGAAUUGUACACCCCUAGUAUGUAGGCUGAAAACAAAAUAUAAUGACCUUAAGUUAAAAUUGUGAAUGUUCUUGUUUUAUUUGUUUUAUAUUAUUAAGAAUCACUGGUAUUUUUUAAAAGCAUUUUUAGGACACCAAAAACUUUAAUUAUGUCUAACUUUGUAAAGUAUAGUGCAGUAACUUAAAAGAAAACAAACCUUUAAACUAUUUAUUCUUCACUAAGUUGUGAGAACUGGCGAAGUCAGAUUUGAGAUGGAAGCAUAGUGCAGCUGCAGACUUAUUGUACAAAUCUAUGCAUGACAUAUCUGUAGAGGUGCCAGUUUUGAUCAGAAUAGGCUGCUGCAGAUAUUUCAAAUGAAUUAUAAACUACAUUUUUAUGUAUUCAUGUGUUACACUUUCCAUGAUCUUAAAAGAGAAAAUUAGCAUUUUUCCACUUUUUUUUUUCCCUUUUGUUUAACACCAUGUUUUCUAUUUGAUAUUUUGAUAUGUUACUGUACGGCUUUUAAUGCAUCUCCAACAUAGAAUAUUGGCACAAUACUAAUUAUAACAUUUAAUGCUUCCACAUUACGUCAGCACUAAUGUGUUGAAGAAAGGGACUUUGGAUUUCUUUUUACUUACUACUUGCAUGUCACUCUAAAAUGCCUGUUUUCUAAGACUAGUACUAUGCAUAUGAUGUAUCUUUCUCUGUAUGGUGCAGUGGUACGCCCUGGCAGAUUGUCACGUACAGUGGCUGGAUGAGGAGGGCUGUAUGCAGUUGACUGAUUUUAAUUGAUUUUUGCUUUUCCACAAAGAUCUAAUUAAAUUGUGCUCCUCACUGUGGAGUGCUGCAAAUAGAGACAGGCACUCUGGCUGUAUAUUUCCAUAAAACUAUUGCACUGUACUUCUAAAAAGGUAUAAGUCAAUGAUGAUAGCCAAUGAUCUUUUAAAACCCAUAAUUUACCCAGAGAAGUAAUUGCAGAAAUGCCUCCAAUUUGUGUUAUAUUGGGAAAUGUUACCUCAUUAAAACAUGCUUUCCACACAGGUAUAAGAGUUUUUACGUUCUCACAUAUUGGACGUUGCAUUUAUUAUCUAAGAUAAAGUUUUUACCUUAAGAAAAACAAGACAGCAACUUCCCCCUUUGGUCUGAAUAUUUUGCCCUCCACGACCAACAAGAAUGCACUGAAGGACAGUUUGGGUCUGACUGACAAGUGCAAGCCACAGAAAAGCUGUAAGACUAUUUUUUACGCACAAUAUUUAAACUUGUAGUUUGUUUGAACACAGCUGUGGCCCAGUCUUGUCAGAAGGGCUUGGCUAAGUGAUUAACCUUUAUUGUUCACACGGUUCACUUCUGUAAAUUUAUUUCAUCAAGAUCUUUGGGGGUUCUUUUUCCCUAAAUGCAUGCCAACAUACUGAACACAUACCAAUGUAUUGUCAUAGCAUGUGAGGUCUUUGACAACAAAACGGGACCUUUAAAUUAAUUAUUCUAUACAAACUGUAUCCUGUUCAUCUUUGAAUAAAAUAGUAUUGCCUUUCUGCAAUGUU